AUGUUGAGGAUUAUCAGGUCUCUAGCUACACGGGCAUCCCCGAGGCUCCAAGAUGUGGUCAUAAUCGGAGGAGGACCCGCCGGAUUGACGCUUCUCUCCGCACUCAAGACAUCACCCAAGCUAAGACACCUAAGAUGCACCUUGGUUGAAGGUUUUUCGUUGGAACCGGUUCGUAAUUUCCAAGUGGAUCCACCGGAGCAGUACACAAACAGAAUCGUGUCGCUUACUCCCAAGUCCAUUGAGUUUAUGCAAAAGAUUGGCAAUUGGGACUAUAUCCACGAGGACCGUAUCAGGGACUACAACGGUAUCAUCGCUUAUGACUCCCAGGAUGCCACAUCGCGCAUCGAGUUUGAUAUUGGUGUCACUGGCAAAGACACCUUGGCUACAAUGUGCGAAGUGAUCAACAUUCAAAGCUCGCUAUUGACAAAACUACAAGAGCUCAGCGAUGAGAGCACGGAGCCCGGGUUUGAGAUUUUAGAUAACACCAAAGUUGUGGAAAUUGUAAGCCCCCCUGAAGCAGCGCCCGAUUUAUCCAACCACGACUUGAACCAGCCGGACCCCACGUUGGGCAACAACAAGUUGGACUGGCCCAUAGUCAAGCUUUCCAACGGCGAAAUGAUCCAAUCUCGACUACUCAUUGGCGCCGACGGCUACAACUCGCCCGUGCGCACGUUUGCCCAGAUUGAAUCUCGAGGGUGGCAGUACAACAGAUUCGGAGUGGUAGCAUGCAUCAAGCUCCAAUACGAAGACUUUAGAUCCAUCGGGUGGCAGAGAUUCUUAACCACGGGACCCUUGGCGAUCUUGCCCUUGACGGAAGACAACGCCACCAUCGUGUGGUCAAGCACACCGGAACUCAGCAGCUUGCUCCUCCAAGUAAACGAAUCGAUUUUCCCGCAUUUGGUCACGGCAGCAAUGGUAUUGGAAGAAGUCGACCUCAACUACAUCUACCAAAUGUUGCAACGCGACCCCAAUGACUCCAAUGCAGUACAAGAGAUUGAAUGGAGGUUAUCGAAAUUCAAGCCGAGCGAGCUCGAUGAAAAUUACCCACUCCCCGCGGUAAAGCUUAUCCCCAACACGCGCGCCAAGUUCCCGCUCAAGAUGUCGCAUGCUGACUCCUACACUGCGCCACGGGUCGCAUUAGUUGGCGACGCGGCCCAUACAAUCCAUCCACUCGCGGGCCAAGGGUUGAAUAUGGGCCAAUCCGACGUGGCGGCGUUGGUGCAAGCGUUAGAAAAAGGCGUCGAUCGCGGCAUGGACUUGGGGUCAACUUUGGUCUUGGAGGAGUAUACAGCGAAUGCGUGGCCAGCGAAUCACGUGCUCUUGGGCGUUUGCGAUAAGUUGCACAAGGUUUUCUCGACUGAUUUCUACCCCUUGGUUGUAGCUAGAGGCUUGGGCAUGAAAGGGUUGAACAUGUUUGAUGAGGUCAAGGGGUUCAUGAUGAAUAUGGUGAGUGGUAGAUAG